AUGUUCUCCUGUUUCGUUGAUGCUUUAUUGAUGUGCAUCCUGGGGCUGAUUAUUUUCACAGUCCAUCCCUCCCAGGCAGGCGAUGUUUUCGAUGACACCAGCAUAACCGGCGCCAGCAAAGAAACGUGCUACAACCACGAAGAGUUUCCGAAUCCAAACGAGUGCUGCACCCGCCCGCAGUGGGUCAACCGGUACAUGCUGAGAACGCGCCGUUUCUUCACGUCCGAAGUGGACAACUAUCGGGAAGAUAAGUCUUCGUGUACAGCCAAAGGUGGAAUGUAUAAAAUAGUGGUUACUUUGGUUGAUGAUCGAGUAAAUGAUGUCCGUUUGUUUAAACCGCGACAGUUGGGAAAUGGUGAAAAUCCUCAGUGGGAAAAAAUGAUCGUAGACGUACUAAAGCUCUGCAAGAACAAGAUAACAGCCGUUAUUGGACGUCAAAUUGGGGAUGAUGACACCAAGCAAAUGUGUCAACUGCAGAGUGAUAUUUUUGAGGAUUGUUUAAAUGGGCAGAUGUUUCUGCGUUGCCCUUCGAAUUCGUGGUAUGAAAGUGAGGGAUGUGGCAUGGCGAAGGCGCAUCUGAUGCAAGGAUGUCCCUACAAAUCGCUCGCAGAUGUAGUGUCGAUAAUGGAGACAGCCAGUGACGAUACUAGCACGCAGGACGACGAUGAUGAUUUUGAAUCCAUGGAAAAUCUUCAGCAGGUUUCUACCAUUAGUUCUGGUUACUAUUAA